AGACAGACCCCCCGGUGAAGAAUAUGUACUGUAUGCAUGUACAUAUGUAUGCUUAGGCUGAGUGAGGGAGGCAGAGAGAGACAAGACCGUGAACUAGACCUGGACCUCCGAGACCUCGGAAAAAAGACAGGACCCUUGCUUCUCUCCUCUCGGUUGGGAACUCCACGUGGCGGCGGCGGCGGUCCUAUUCCCGUCUUGCAACUUGGCUUUGUCUCUCUGGAAUGUCGGCGGUUGAAAGGCGUCGAGUAUGAGCCAAGAAUGACGACGAAAUAGGGUUGAAACGAUAUCUUUUUAGAGUUUGUUUUCAUAUGCAGGUAGGUCGGCAAGCAAAUAAAUAAAUAACUCAUCUCAACUCCAUAGCGAUCUAGCAGAUAUAGCUCAGUUCUCCUUCCAAAGACGUCCUAGCAGCUUAAACGUGGUGGUGGAGUUGGAGGAGUCGUCUUUGUUGAGCAUCUAUCCGUCCGUCUCUUUUCCAUGUCGUGGACCUCUGUCUCUUCCCGUGGCGUCAUGUCUGAGGCCUUCUAUACCCGAAUCACCACAAGGUUUUAAUGUAUAACAGGCCUAGUUGAAUGUCAAAUCACUCCAUUUUGUAUGCAGUACAGCAAAGUACAGUACAGUAUAGUACAGUCUGGAAGAAUUGCUCAGUAAAGAGGCGUAUGUAUUACUGUAGGUCUCACGGUAAUGCACAGCACACAUGGUUGGGCAUGCCACCCGUCAGAGCCUCACAAAAGGACGAUAAUCUCUAGACCGACUCCUGGAUCCUCCAUGGAAAAGCCACAUGGAUACUUACAUGAUAUAGCCUCCGUACAUGUAAUAGCAUGUAACGCAACAUCAGAAAAUCCAGCCAAGCACUUGCAGACACGCGGCAUAGCAACUGAGCCCUCUUAUCUUGUUCUCGCCCGUGUCACCCUCACCGUGCCUGUUACAGCCAUUGUGAUACAGGGAGGACCAGGGAAGAUCUUGGAAAGACGUGCAGAUCGCGUGCUUGCAGCCAUGUUUCUGAUCAAGUAUCACAAGAAACAGCGCAUACGAGGCCUUGUGGUAUCCCCUCUUGCAUUGGACAUCCGUCUGGUGGAUUUUGCUCAGGCGUUGGUGGUUCAGGCAUCAAGACAUAUUCAUGUAUGUCUGGUCUGGGGAUGACUUGCAAUCGCACGCAGAAAGAUCUUUCAAUGUAUUGUUGCACAUGAAAACGUAUGUGAUAUUCUGAUACUGUAUCGGAUGCAGAAUCCAACUUAGAGAGUUGAUGGAAAAUUUAUAUCAGACGAAUAGCUAACACUCACACUCACACGUACAUUACCCAAGAUCUCAUAAUGUCUUUAUGAUGGCAAAAUACAUUCUCGAUACCCUCGU